AUGCCUCUCACCGGACACUGUCUCUGCAAAGCCGUCACCUAUUCCGUCGACGUUGAAGCUCCCCUCCUCACGGGCUACGACCACUGCGACGAUUGCCAGCGUCAGAGUGGCUCUACCUACUCCCUUGUCGCCGUCGUCCCCAAGGAUAAACUCACCAUCAACGGCCCAAUCAAGAAGUGGGAGGGCAAGGGAAGCUCUGGCAAGGCCGUCCACCGCCUCUUCUGCUCCGAAUGCGGCUCACCCAUCGCUCAUGACCCCGAGGCUGCUCCUGAGAUCAUUGCCCUCAAGGCUGGCACCUUUGACUCGGAGCUAAAGAAGAACCUGAAGCCCGACACUGAAAUCUGGACCGUGGGCAAGCUGCCCUUCUGCCAGGAGCAUCUGGCCAAGCCCUUCAAGUACAUGCCCGAGUAA